AUUCCAAGUUUCAGUUUUAGUGUGAAAGUAAAGAGAAAGAUGUCUUCCACCGGUAUUGCUUGCGGUGUCGCCAAGGGGUACCCCGUCACCAAGCGCGAAGUCGCGCCCCGCCCGGCCGCCAAGAAGGGCCGCGCCGGCAAGAAGACGCAGUUCGUGCGCAACAUUGUCCGCGAAGUCGUCGGCUUGAUGCCGUACGAGAAGCGCAUCCUUGAUAUGAUCAAGUCGGGCGGCUCGUCGGCCGAGAAGCGCAUCUACAAGUUCACCAAGAAGCGCCUCGGUACGCACCGCCGCGCGCUCCACAAGCGCGAAGAGAUGAAGGCCUACUACGCUGCCGUCCGCGCCAAGCAAGCCGGUAUCUAAACGACCUCAUUUCAUUCUUCACCAAAACGACGCUCGGAAGUACCUCGUUGAUCUUAAUCUGAAUGCACAAAGUUCGAUUACGACCACCGUAGUCGCUCCUCGCGCUCGAUA